CAGCCCUUUUUCUGCUCAAACAGGCAGCCCGGGGACAAGGGCGCAGCGGUCGACCGCCCAGUGUAUACUCCAGCACCACCUACCUCUGGUUCCUCUUCUCUCCUCUCCCAGCCCAGCUCCGUCCAGCACUGUCACCUGAGACGUGGGAUUUGCACCCUCUCAGCCCUGCUGAACUCGGAGUUUUAUUACUCCCACCCACCGCAUGUGGCUCUUGGAGAAAGCUGGCUACAGGGUGAGGGCUGCGGAGCCCAGGGCCCGGUGGGCGCCCUCCAGCCUGUUCGCUAAGCGCAGCGCCCCGGGCCCAGCCACGCGCGCCUGCCCCAACGUCCUCACCCCGGAUCGCAUCCCGCAGUUCUUCAUCCCGCCUCUGCGCCGGGACCCGGGCGGCGCCGAGCCCGCAGCCAGGCGCGACGCGGCCGGGCGCGGCCUCCCCUCGGCCUGCUCGCUGCCGCACCUGGCAGGCCGCGAAGGCUGGGCCUUCCUGCCCGAGAGCCCGCACACGCGCCGGCGCGAGUCGCUGUUCCACUGGCCGCCGCCCGCCCCGGCUGAGGGGCUGCCCCCGGCGCAGUCCUGGCUGCACGUGUCCGCCCCGGACCUGCGCCUCUGCCGGGCCCCCGACAGCGACACUGCCUCGUCGCCCGACUUGUCGCCCUUCGGCUCCCCGCGGCCCGGCCUCGGCCGGCGCCGGCUCCCCACGCCGCCCUCGCUGUCCCCGAAGGAGGCGAGCUCGGCUGACACCAGCCCGGCCGCGCGGCGCCGCGCGGGGCCGCCCACGCCGCCGCUCUUCCACCUCGACUUCCUGUGCUGCCAGCUGCGGCCGACCAGGGAGAGCGUGCUGCGCCUCGGGCCCCGCGGCGGGCAGCUGCGGCUGUCGGCCGAGUACCAGGCCGGGCCCCGGCGGCUGCGGCUGCGCCUGGUGAGCGCCGAGGGCCUGCCCCGGCCGCGGGCCUGCCCCGGGAGCGGCGGUGGCGGCUGCUGCGUGGUGCUGAGGCUGCGGCCCAGCGUCCGGCCGCGGGCCCAGCGGAGCCGCGUGGUCAAGUGCAGCACCAACCCCAUCUUCAACGAGGACUUCUUCUUCGAGGGGCUCGGCCUGCCAGACCUGGCCGCCCGCAGUCUGAGGGCCAAGGUGCUGGACAGGGGCGCGGGACUCCGCAGGGACGCGCUGCUGGGGGAGUGUGAGACGCCCCUUAUUACCCUGCUGCCCCCCUUGGGCGGGGGGUUAGGCCCAGGGUCCUCCCUGGCGCCCACCCAUCUCAGCCUGUAGACUGAGACUGUGGCUUCCCCAGGAGGUCUCUACCGGAUCUGCAGAUCUCAUUCUUUCCAUCUGCUCGGCGUGUCUUUGUUUUUGCUAAUAAAAUGUCC